CAGCAGGCCACAACAGACAAGCUCUCAGUGUUUAAUCUGCAGAUAAUCAUAAUGCUGCUUAAUACAAAGAAGUGACUACACCGGCAUGGCAAGGGCACAAACGCCGACGUCACACUGUGGUUUAAUAUCGAAAUGAGACAGACUGUUUCUAACUCACUUGUCUGGUACAUUGCUGUCUCCUAUCCACUUUGUCUUAACAGUACAACUACCUUCAUCGAUUCGGACAAAACGGAGAUGGCUCAAAAUAAUAGUUAAAAUGUAUGAUAGCAGAGCAGAGGUAACAAUUCUGCCAUCAGACUAGCAUGGCUUUAUAAAAUGGGAGGUCUCCACACCAGCAUCACUUCACCCACAGCAUCUGCCUCGUCAGUCUGAUCCACUGAAGCACGCCCAGCCUAACCAUGAGCAGGAACUACAUGUCCAAGUAUGAUGAGCUCCGCAAGGGAGACUUCCUUUGGUCCAACAACAGGGAGUACAAGGCAGUCUUUCAGGAGGAUGGUAACUGGGUGAUCUUUGGCUGGAAACCAAUGUGGUCGUCGGACACAGCCGGCCAGCGCGACGCCUACCGCCUCUGCAUGCAGGACGACUGUAACUUUGUUAUGUACAAGCGCGACGACAAAGCCAUCUGGCACACCGGCACCCACAGGACGGAUGGCUUUAAGAUGUGUCGUUUGCACCUGCGCGACGAUGGCAACCUGGUGAUCGAGAAGGACGGUGAAGAGGUGUGGAACUCCUCUCAGUCCAGGGGGAUGAAGUGAAGCUAAGGGCAUUCCUCCAUCUCUGCUGCACAGCCGCCCUGCCUCUAGCUGGGGGUGGUAUGACGAAGGGUUGGUUGGUUGACAAACUGA